UUUCUCUGCGCGGGGCCGGGCCGGGCCCAUGGGCGGGUAGCGCCGCCGGGCGGAUGCUGCGGGCUCCGGCUCCGGCUCCCACGAUGCCGCCCCGGCGCCGCGACCGCUGCCUCCCGCUGCUGCUGCUGCUGCUGGCGGCGAACAUCUGGCCCGCGCCGGGCAAGUCUCCGGGGGAGCCGCCCAGCCCGCAGGAGGUGCUGAUCAAAGUCCAGGUGUAUGAGAACAGCGACCUCUCCCCGCUGGCCCAGGCUGCUGUGGAAGUGUAUGGGAACCAGACGUCACUGGCUUCAGGCUCCACAGACCAUGAGGGCAUCGGGAUGCUGCCCAUCAGCUACCGCCUGGGCACCUGGAUCCUGGUCACCGCCGCCAAGCGUGGCUUCGUCACCAACUCUGUGCCCUGGCGGGUCGAGAAGCUGCCAUUGUAUGCCUCUGUCAGCCUGUAUCUGCUCCCGGAGCGGCCCGCCACCCUCAUCCUCUAUGAGGACUUGGUGCAGAUCUUGCUGGGAUCACCAGGGGCCAAGAGUCAGCCGUGGGUGCAGUUCCAACGCAAGGCGGCCCGGCUGCCCCGCAGCUCCACCUACAGCCAGCUCUCCGCCUCCCUGACGGCCGCCAGCGGGGCCCACGACAUGCGGGGCUUCCCCUCCUUCAUCGGGGCUGACAGCAACGGCAGUGCCAACAGCACCUGGCUGGAGCUGGUUCCCAUCGCCGCUGUCAGCGUCCACCUCUUCACGGGGAAUGGCACCGAGGUGCAGCUGUCGGGCCCCGUGCACCUGUCCAUCCCGCUGCCUCCCGACACCAGUGCCACCACGGCCACCAGCGUGCCCGCCUGGAGGUUCGACACCAAGAGCGGCCUUUGGCUCCGAAACGGAACAGGGCUGAUCAGGAAGGAGGGGCGCCAGCUGUACUGGACGUUCGUCUCACCCCAGCUGGGGUACUGGGCUGCAGCUCUGCCCUCCCCCACCACAGGGCUGGUGGCGCUGGCGUCGGGAAUGAAGGACAUCACCACGUACCACACCAUCUUCCUGCUCACCAUCCUGGGGGCGCUGGCGCUGCUGGUGCUGAGUCUGCUCUGUCUGCUCAUCUACUACUGCAGGCGCAGGUGCCUGAAACCCCGACAGCAGCACAGGAAGCUGCAGCUGUCUGGGCCGCUGGAUGCCUCGAAGCGAGACCAGGCCACCUCCAUGUCCCAGCUCAACCUGAUCUGCACCAGCCACCUGGAGACAGCCUCAUCGGCUGGUGACACCGACGUGCACACGCCCAUCCUCAAGUCAGCCUUCUCCAGCUCCCGCGAGCUGGGCAGCUCCCGCGAGGAGUUCUUCCGUCACAAGCUGCGGCAUGUCAGCAAGGCCUCCACGGAGACGCUGAGCCAGCGGGGUGCCCCCAAGGAGGAGUACCCGCGUCCUGGGGAGAGCUUCUCGCUCAAGGCCGCGCGCUCCGUGGACGGCCCGGGCGUGCUGGAGCCCCCCUUGCUGGAGGAAUACAAGCGCAGCUUCUCCCACCAGCGCGCGGAGGACAAGGGCACCGAGCCGCCGCGGAAGCACUCAAGGAAUGAGAGCAAGCCCUACCUCCAGGAGCCGCCCUCCCCACCGCCCCUGCCACCCCCCUUUGACCACUACGUGGGCCACAAGGGGGAGCCCAAGCCCCCCGACUUCAUGCUGUCGCAGUCCGUGGACCACCUGGCCAGGCCCACCUCGCUUACCCAGCCGGGGCAGCUCAUCUUCUGCGGCUCCAUCGACCACAUGAAGGACAGCGUGUACCGCAACGUCAUGCCCACCUUGGUCAUCCCAGCCCACUACAUGCGCCUGGCGUCGGAUUACCCCUCCGGGGAGCAGGCCCUGGCCGGCCCGGCGGAGAGCCAGCCCGAGAUGGAGGGGCUGCCCGGCCAGGCCGGGAUGACCAUCCCGCACCAGUUCGGGCCCCAGGACCAGCAGCGGCAGCUCCUCCAGCAGCAGCUCCAGCUGCAGCACCAGCAGGGCGAGGACUCGGAGGGCAAGGGCUGGGGGGCACACUCCUCCUCGGUCAGCGGCUCCGUCACCAUCCCAGUGCUGUUCAACGAGUCCACCAUGGCCCAGCUGAACGGGGAGCUGCAGGCGCUGACGGAGAAGAAGCUGCUGGAACUGGGGGUGAAGCCCCACCCGCGGGCCUGGUUCGUCUCGCUGGACGGGCGCUCCUCCCAGGUGCGCCACUCCUACAUCGACCUGCAGGGCAGCGAGAAGAGCCGGAGCAAUGACGCCAGCCUGGACUCGGGCGUGGACGUCCACGAGGCCAAGCCCCACAAGCGAGCCAAGGAGGAGCGGGAGCGGCCCCCCGCCCCCACCACCUACUCCAAGCUGGCCUUCCCUGACGACCCGGAGCAGAGCAGCAGCGAGAGCCGCACGGCCAUCUGCUCCCCCGAGGACAACUCCCUGACGCCCCUGCUGGACGAGACGGCCGAGGCCCGGGCCGCCACCAUCCCUCGCCGGGGCCGCAGCCGGGGCACCAGCUCCCGCAGCAGCGCCAGCGAGCUGCGCCGGGACUCCAUGACCAGCCCUGAGGACGAGCUGACCGACCCGGCCGAGGGUGGCGACGAGCCGGGGGACAGGAAAAGCCCCUGGCAGAAGCGUGAGGAGCGCCCACUCAUGGUCUUCAACGUGAAGUAAGAAGGGGGCCCGCGCCCCCUCCUGGAGCCGGCGCCAGCCCCUGGGGGGCAGAGGAGGGGG